AUGCAGACCGUUAAGAGCAUUCUACUUCUGAGCUGUCUCCUGGUCUUGGGGACAAAUGUGAAGGGGUUUACUGUUGAGGAUGUACUUGAAUGUGGGCAGAUUUCGAUUGAAGGGCUUUCUCAACUUGCCAGCGUGGCUAUACCGGCACUGAAGGAAUCGGCGGCGUGUGUUAACUUUAUGCCGAAAAAGUUACGUGAUCUGGACCUUGAAUAUGCGCCGCUGCUUGGCUACCAGUUUCUUCUAAAAUUCACUGGUAGUAAAAAGUGCGUGACUGCUCUGAUCGCAAGGGUAGAGGCUGUUGCAAAGCCAGCCUUAAAGAAUUUGGAGGACAAAAAAUGUUUUCCAUAUAAUAAGUAGAGGAAUUUAAUAACGUUUAAUCCUUAUACAAAAAACAAUCUGAAAGCCUCUAA